CACACGAGACAAAAAUUGUCCUUGCUUCCUGCCUUUCUCAUCUAAGGUAAUAACCCUGAAACUACGUAAACAGAAUAAGAAAAUUAUUGUGGGUUUCCAAGAUGACCAAGAAAAGAAGGAAUAACGGUCGUGCCAAAAAAGGCCAAGGCCAUGUGCAACCUAUUUGUUGCACCAACUGCGCCCAGUGCAUGCCCAAGGACAAGGGUAUUAAGUUUGUCAUUCAAAAGAUAGUAGAGGCCACAGCCAUUAGGGACAUCUUCAAAGCAAGUGUCUUCGACGCCUAUGUGCUCCCCAAGCUGAAUGUGAAACUACAUUACUGUGUGAGCUGUGCCAUUCACAGCAAAGAAGUCAGGAAUCAUUCUUGUGAAGCUCCGAAGGACCGAACACCCCCAUCCUGAUUUACACAG